AUGACUAUUUGGAGAAUAUCUUGGGAUUAUAUCCCUAAUUUUGUUAAUCUCAGAUGCAAGAAAGUUAUUGCUAAUGAGGAAUGCCCCCGAUGUCGAUCCUGGCCUGAAGAAAGUAUCAAUGUGUUCCGAGACUAUCCUAUUACAAAAGAGAUUUGGUCAUCGUUAGAUCUGUUCUGGGUCAUGGACAAUACAAGUCAGAGUUACUGGGAGUGGCUGACCUGGGUUUUCCAGAAAGGAAAUGAUGCUCAAUGUCGACUGUUUUGUUAUGCUUUAUGGACGAUCUGGGUCUCCAGAAACCAGUUUAUUUAUGAACGGAAAAAUAGUACAGGUCGAGUUAUAGCACAAAACAUCCAAAGACAAAUGGCAGAGAUUGAGGGAGUAAGAGUUUUGAAGACACAGAAAACUAUGGUCAGGAAGUUUGAAGUUCAAGAGGACUUACCAAAAGUAGCGAUCCAGUUUGAUGCAGCUUUUGACAAGCGAAACUUCAAGUCAGCAUCAGGGCUGGUAGGGUGGGACCAAAAUGGAGAUUUGUUGGUGCUAAAGACGGUGAUACAUAAGAAGGUUUCCUCCGCGUUUGCAGCAGAGGCGUACGCUUGUUUGGAAAGCAUGAAAUUAGGAAUCGCUCUUCGAAUGCCAUCAAUAAAAAUCACGGGGGACUCCAAGACAGUCAUCAACAAAUGUCAAAAAAAUUCAAUAGAUAAAUCAGUGAUUGGGGCAAUUAUUAGCGAUAUUCACAGCAAGAAAUCAUGUUGUCAAGAUCUUAUUUUUCAACAUAUUCAUAGAUCAGAAAAUUCGAACGCGCAUAAGUUGGCUAGAAGAGCCAUUGAUAGAGAUGAGAGUAUUUACCUGAUGUUAGCAGAUCUAGAUCGGAAGCUUCUUGAUACGAGCUCGGUUGUGGAUGUGUCGAGUCGUAUGUAUUACCCAAUCGUGAAUUCGAGUAAGAAGUUGUUUGUUUUAGAGUAG